GCGACCGGUCCUGAAGUAACAGCUGAUGCGGCGAAAUGUAACUUAAACAACCCGAGAGGUUGGGCCGGUGCCCGGCGCAGCACCGUUGAGUUGUGCGGUGCCGGGAGCCUGGCAAAGCAGCAGCGAUGAAUGCCAGUGGCGGAGACAUCCUGAGCUCGGCUCGUCUGGCGGUGGAAUAUGUGGACUCGCUGCUCCCCGAAAACCCGCUGCAGGGACCUUUCCGCAGCGCCUGGAAUCACAUGAUGAGCCAUUACACCAAGUUUCAGAUCGCAACCUGGGGUUCCCUCCUCGUUCACGAACUCGUGUAUUUCCUCUUCUGUUUACCUGGCUUCAUCUUUCAGUUCAUACCUUCUAUGAAGAAGUACAAAAUCCAGCAGGAUAAACCAGAAACAUGGGAGAAGCAAUGGAAAUGUUUCAAGGUGCUGCUCUUCAACCAUUUCUGCAUCCAGUUACCCAUGAUCUGUGGGACCUAUUACUUCACUGAAUACUUCAACAUCCCCUACACCUGGGACACCAUGCCAAGAUGGUACGUGCUGCUAGCCCAGUGCUUUGGUUGUGCAGUUAUUGAGGACACCUGGCAUUACUUCUUGCACAGAUUAUUACAUCAUAGAAGAAUCUACAAAUAUAUUCACAAGAUGCACCAUGAUUUCUCAUCUCCAUUUGGCAUGCAAGCUGAAUACGCUCAUCCAUUGGAGACCAUUAUCCUUGGAGCAGGCUUUUUCAUUGGAAUCAUGAUCUUCUGUAACCAUGUGAUGCUGCUGUGGGCUUGGGUUGCUAUCCGCCUCCUAGAAACGAUUGAUGUUCAUAGUGGUUACGACAUCCCUAUAAAUCCAUUGCAUCUGAUCCCCUUUUAUGCUGGAGCCCGGUUUCAUGAUUUUCACCACAUGAACUUUGUUGGAAACUAUGCUUCAACUUUCACCUACUGGGACAAAAUCUUUGGCACUGACUCACAGUUCAACGCUUACUACACAAAGGUGGCAAACAAAGGAAAACUAGAAGAUAAGAAAACACAGUGAAGUCCAUCAGCAUGUAACUCAUUGUUCAGCAGUUUCUUUCCAAAUUUCCAUUUCCAUUCAGAAGCAUUUAUAACCAUUCUUUGAAAAUGAAAAUGUUUUACAAGUGAAACUGGGAGGAAUGUAAUGCCCUAGACAUCCACCAAGGUUUCCCUAAGUCCACUCCUGCCAUGAAAGGUAUUAUUUAGGCAGUGUUGGAGCUCUUUGCUGCACUAUAUUGCCAGUUUAUAUCUCUUGUAUGUCUCCAGGAGUCUUUGAGAUCUGGAGAUACAAAUUCCACAUCCUGAGGCCCAAGGAACUGAAACCUUCAUACUUGAAUCACUGCUAUUGUUUUAGAAUAAAUUUACUAAAUAAAAUAUAAAAUAGAAAGUCUAAAAUGAUACACUGUCUAAUUAUUCAAACUACUGAAUUGUGAAUUGCAUUUUUGUGUACUGAUUGCUCCAAAUCUCAAUGACACAAUGCAACCUGAUGUGUCCAAAAACAGGUACUUACAUUUUAAAUCAGCAGUUGCAUUAUCUUGGACCACAACUAAUAAUCACUUUGAACUCUUGGAUGUGAAUAUAGUGAGAAAGAAUGUGUCUUAAACUGGUCAAACUUACACAUUUUUUAAAAUGGGAUAGUUGCGUUCUCGUUAAAUGUAUCAUUUAUCCAUGAUAUCUUUGCGUAAGUGCUUGAAUGAUAAAACUAGAAUACAUUGAAAUUCAGAGAUUAUAUCACUGGGAUUUGCAAUUGUUUUGUCCUUUCCUCAUUUGUGCCCACUAGUUGUGGGGGGGUGGGGGGGGGGAGUGUAAAACAUGAAUUGUUACAAAAACGUCUCAUUCAGUUUUUAUUAUCUAAAAGUAGUUUGAAUUUUGUUCAAUCCUGCUGAUUUUCUUCAUAAAUAUAAAAAUGUAUUUAUUAUUUAGAGCUUCUAGAUGGUUUAGUAUUAUAUUCUGUGGUCCUUAGAUUAAUAUUUGAACAUGAAUAUGUUGAAAAGUCUAUUUGUAUUUAAUUUGCAUUAAACCUCCAAUAAAGCCUUCUCUCCAUUGCAAC